AUGAUAACGAAGGCAGUAGAAGCUAGUGGAACAGUUACUAUUACAACUGUAAACCAGCAACUAUUUCGAACAAAGAUGGAUUUUAAUGAAUGUUUCAUUCAUCCAAAGUCAUUCUCUUUAGACCCUAACAUUUAUACAGAACUUGUAGAACAUUAUACAAACGAGGCUUUAUGUUUUCCUGUUAAAGUUAUGGAUUGGAUUCCUAUGGACGGUUCAUUCUCAAAGAAUACAGAUAGUUCAAGUGCAACAUUUACAGCAGCUUAUACGCCUAUUAAUGUUAAAAGUAUUUGGGCACUAUUUAGAAAGAAAGACAACUAUUAUGUUAAUUUUGAGAACCCUAAGUUUAAAUAUCUUCAGCUUUCCAUGGGAGCUUAUGGAAAUAUGCCUGCAGAACCUGAAAAAUCAUAUGGACCUGUAUUUUAUGAAAUGGUUGCGAACGCUUGCAAUACAAACAAUGAUAUGAUUGGAUUUAAUGAAGAUGUUAUGAGGUCAUUGGUGGAUGAUGGUAGUGUGGAACAUAAAUGGGAUAGCUAUGACAACACACAUUUCUUAUGUGGUUUUCCAACAGAAGUGGACUUUUGCUUCCAGCAAGGUCAAACAUCUACUGCUCCAAUAACAUACAAAUUGUCUGUUAAAGGACCUAUUGAACUAGCAACUGAAAAUGUACCAAAGCCACUUAUUGGAUUUAUGAGGGAUUGUUGCUUUGCAAUACAAGUAAGACAGUCAGGCAUACCAAUAAUAAGACUUGACGACUAUAACUUAGCAACUGACGACAGUGAGGAAUAA